AUGGCUGCUCAGAAACGGAUUCAAACAUUUCUUCUGCUUGGUGAAUCUGAACGAGACAAACGAUUAUUGUCCCGAUCGGAAACAGAGCUUGCGUCCGAUGAGCAGAACGGACAAGUGAUGCUUCGGAGUACUCCAACAAUAUCGCCAAGUGUUGUAUGCAAUUUGGAACGAGCACAAUGGGAAAUGAAUGCAUCAUUUUCUCUCGACAGUAUUGUAUUCAAUGCUCAUCCAGGUGAUUUAAUCUGUAUAGUUGGACCCGUUGGAUCUGGCAAGAGUUCUCUCUUGCAAACACUUACAGGUGAAAUCUCCUUUUUCGAUGGGCAUGUCCGAUUGCACGGUUCAUUUUGCUACGUACCACAAGAAUCAUGGAUCUUUUCUUCGACGAUUAAAAAGAAUAUUCUAUUGGGCAAAGGCUAUGAUCCACAGUUGUUUCAACGUGUUGUUCAAGCAACUACACUUGAUUCCGAUUUUGCUCAAUUAUCAAACGGAGAGAACACUCUUGUUGGCGAUCAAGGCGCCAUGUUAUCGGGUGGUCAAAAGGCACGAGUAAAUAUGGCUCGAGCACUCUAUCGAAAUGCGGACAUUUAUCUUUUGGAUGAUCCUCUUUCGGCCGUCGAUGUCAAAGUAGCCAAACAUCUCUUUGAAAAAUCAAUUAAAGGUUAUCUCAGAGAGAAAAUUUGUAUUUUGGUCACACAUCAAAUUCAAUAUUUGCAAAAUGCAACCAAGAUCAUUCUUCUUUACAAUGGCGAAAUAGCAAGUAUGGGUACCUACAAUGAUUUACUUGCCUCAUCCUUAUUAUUCUAUCAUCUACUCGACGAUAUGCAUCAACACGAGCAAGAGCAGUCUGUCGAUCUUCAUCAUGAACACGAACAAGAGCAUCCUGUCGAUCUUUGCCGUCAACAAUCAAUUAUCAAUUCAACAAGUUCGGAGACAGAAGACGAGUUGUUUGUGUUGUCUACAAGUGUUGAAACAAAACAAAAAGGCAGAUUAAAAUGGCAUGUGUAUGCUGCAUACGUGCGAGCCGGUGCUGGCAUUGUUGUUGGCUUUCUCCUUGUACCGCUCGUUUUGGCGGUACAACAAGCAGUAUAUAUUUUUAGCAGUUGGUGGUUGGCAGCAUGGAAUGAUGACGAAAGUUAUCGACAUCAAAUCUUUGACAAUUGCACGAUUGGUCAACAACACAACACAAUAUGGUCUAUGACUGAUGCUGAAUGGAAUAAUUAUCGAAAUCGACGAUUCUAUAUCUAUUGGGGAAUUAUACUCAUUUUUGUUUUGAUUACUCUCUUCCGCACUGCUGUCAUCGAAUUGAUGUUUUUAAAUGCUGCACGAGUGCUUCACAACAAGAUGUUUCGACAACUGAUUCGAGCCCCUAUUGUUUUCUUUGAUACAAAUCCUGUCGGCCGGAUCUUGAAUCGUUUCACUAAAGAUGUGGCCAUCAUGGAUGAUUCUCUGCCAACUGAUGCUUUUGACUUUCUCGAUUCUCAGCCUCGUGGCUUUGCUGCAAUGGACAAUCAGACAAUCUGUGAUCAGGAACCUCCAGCUCAAGUGCCGCACGAUCUUCGGCCGCCAUCAAAUUGGCCAUCCCAUGGUCAAAUCGUCUUUGAUAAUGUUUCAAUGCGUCAUUCCACACAAACAUACUUACCACUUGAUUUGCGUCAUAUUUCGAUGACAAUCCAAGGUGGUGAAAAAGUAGGCAUUGUCGGAAGGACGGGUGCCGGUAAGAGCUCUCUCAUUCAAACGCUCUUUCGUAUGGGCACACUUGUUGAUGGUCAAAUCAAAAUUGACAAUAUUGAUAUCGCUUCUGUUGGCUUGGACGAUGUUCGACGUCGCAUUUCAAUAAUUCCACAAGAUCCUGUGCUUUUCACGGGUACUAUACGAAGCAAUCUCGAUCCGUUCAUGGAUUAUUCAGAUGAGGAAAUAUGGCAUGCGCUCGAACAGGUCCAAUUAAAAACACUAGUGACCGAAGGAAUGCCGAAUGGACUUCAUUCGAUGGUGAGCGAAAGCGGUUCGAAUUUGAGUGUCGGCCAAAAACAACUCGUGUGCUUGGCUCGAGCUAUUCUGAAACAGAGCAAAAUACUUGUCAUUGAUGAAGCCACUGCCAAUGUCGAUAAUGUCACGGAUGGAUUAAUACAACGAACCAUUCGUGAGAAUCCACUUGUUAAACAACUAAAACAAAAAUUGGAUCGGAUGACAGUAAAUAAUACAACAAAUGAUAAUCCGAGAAAUCCAUCACACUUUCAAUCUGGUGGUAAAAAACUUCAUCGAGUUGCUAGCCUUACUUGUCAAGGAUUAACAGCUAUUACUAGUGAAUGUUUAAUCUCAAAAACCACGUCCAAUGUUACAGCUUAUCUACGUAAUGGGUCGCCUCAGGCAUUAAGUAUUUAUCUCAAAAUUCGAAAUAAACGUUUAUAG